CUACGUUUCUUGCUGUUUCCGCUACCCGGUCGGACAGAGAGCGCUGUGUCUGCGGCGCACUGCUGCUGCUGGACUCAGCUGCCCGGUCCUAACUGGACAGACACAGACAGGCAGACGCCGGGUUACGGAACUCUGCCCCGUUCAACAAGAGGAACCAGCCCUGCUCCCCGCUUUCGCAGUUUUCCCCGCACUCCACUGGGUGUGUGCGAUCCGCCUCUGCUACGCCUGCUUCUCUUGGCUGUGACGUGGAACACAAACCCGACUGCGAACAGCGCGCACUCGCGAGGAGCGCACAGACUGCGGCGGACACGCGCAGAGGCUUGCCCGACACUCGUGUCGGUUGCCGAACUUGUCCGUUGACCCAAAGUGAGCAAUGAUGCUUCGGUUCGGUGGUGCAGAUAUGAAAUUCCCAUCGAUUCCAGACAAAACCCCUUUCACCCCACUGGUGGUGAUGGAGCUGGCAGAGGACACCAAUGAAGAAGCUGUUACAUGGUUAACAAGCAGGAUAAAAGACACGCAGCAAAGUGGAGGGGCUGAACUCAUGAUUGAUCGACUGACACUGGAUGACAACCAGGACCCCAAGAAGGAGAAUCAGAACAUUUUUAUCGUGGGGGCCUCUAGGGAGAGGCUUCUGGUUGGAGCUGAGGAUGUGGGCCUGGUGAAGGAGUUCAACGAUGGAUCCAUGAGGGGCUUCACCUACGCCAACAGGGAGAACUUCAAGGGCUUCCAAGGGGAUGGUGACAACUUCCUCAGCAUGGCAGAGUGCCAGUUUAUUGUUAAGCAUGAGUUGGAUACGCUGCGGGCCCGGGGGGAAACCCACGUCCCUGGGUACCCAAAGAUCCGUUUGUACCCAGGAAAGUCCGUAGUUCGCAGGAUCCAGUCAAAGGGGAUUCUGGUCCAGAUCUUUCCACUCCAUGACAAAGAAGAGCUCAAGAGGCUUUCUUCCAUGUGGUACCAAAAUGUACAACUGUCUUUUCAGCCUCUUGAUGACAUCCGGCACUAUUUUGGAGAGAGUCUGGCCCUAUAUUUUGGUUUCCUGGAGUAUUUUACCUUGGCCAUGGUUCCUAUGGCUCUUAUCGGAAUGCCAUACUACCUCUUUGACUGGGAGGACUAUGACAAGUAUGUACUCUUUGCUGUUUUCAAUCUGGUCUGGUCCACGGUCUUUCUGGAGACAUGGAAGCGCUUCAGUGCCUCCCUGGCCUACAGCUGGGGCACACUCUCUCGCAAGAAGGCCUUUGAGGAGCCGCGACCUGGCUUCCAUGGUGUGCUGGGGAUCAACCCUGUGACGGGCCGUCAGGAGCCCGUCUAUUCGAGCACCAAGAGGCAGCUGCGGAUUUACCUGGUGUCAGUGCCCUUUGUGCUGUUGUGCCUCUACCUGUCGCUGUGUGUGAUGAUGGUGUACUUUAGCGCUGAGGGCUUGGUUCUCGGGCUGCAUGACGAGGAGCCCACCUUCUGGACCAGCCUGCUGCUCUACGUGCCCAGCAUCAUCUACGCAGUAGUCAUUGAGAUCAUGAACCGCAUCUACCGCUAUGCUGCGGAGUUCCUCACUGACUGGGAAAACCAUCGUUUGGAGUCCUCCUAUCAAAAUCAUCUGACGCUUAAAGUUUUGGUGUUCAACUUCCUGAAUUGCUUUGCAUCCCUGUUUUACAUUGCAUUUAUGAUGCAGGACAUGCAGCUGCUCAGACAGAGUCUCGCCACCUUGCUGAUAACGUCUCAGAUCCUGAACCAGUUUGUGGAAGCCUUCCUGCCCUUCUGGCUGCAGAAGAGACGCAAUAAGCGGGUCCACAGGAGGUCGGGCAAGGUGUCCCCGGACCAGGAGCUGCCCUUCGACCAGCAGGUCAUGCUGGAGGCCGACAUGAGCACCUACCUGGGCACAUUUGAUGACUACCUGGAGCUCUUCCUGCUCUUCGGCUACGUCAGCUUGUUCUCCUGCGUGUACCCCCUGGCUGCCCUGCUCGCAGUGCUCAACAACGUCACAGAGGUCUACUCAGAUGCCCUGAAGAUGUGUCGGGUGUUCAAGAGGCCCUUCUCUGAGCCCGGAGCUGACAUCGGGGUGUGGCAGCUGGCCUUCGAGUCCAUGAGCGUCAUCGCUGUGGUCACCAACUGCGCGCUCAUCGGAAUGUCCCCGCAGAUGAAGUCCUACUUCCCUGAUUCUGAGACGCAGCUCAUUCUGGUGGUGGCAACUGUGGAGCACGUAUUUCUGGCCUUUAAGUUCAUCCUGGCCUUCGUGAUCCCGGACGUCCCCAGGCACAUCCAGAUCAAGCUGGCCCGCGUGGAGUUCGAGUCCAUGGAGGCCUUGAAGAAAAAGGUAAUGUAUACAGUGCUUCGUCAUUUCAGCAGAAGCGGAGAGUACGGGAACCUAAAGCGCUGUAAGUGUUUACAGUGACUACAUCCACGCCUGCACAGGGAAGUUUGGACCCACGUCGCAUUGCAUUUGUAUAGGUGGCAUAUUGAAGCAUCACUGAAGCAUCAUUGAGAAAAGUGAAUUGCUGGUUUUCCAGGCCAUGUAUGGUGCUAAUAAAGGAGGGAGGAACACUAGGGGAGGGUGGACAGGAGCAUUUGUCAGUAGAAAUCAGUCUCCUCGCUUAACGCCCAGUGUCACAUAUAGUCAUUGUCGGGCAGGAUGAGGAGCUAUUUGGAUCUGCCGCGUCCAUCACCAACGCGCUUGAAAACAGCCCAGUAAUCAGUUCCGCUCGAAGUUGGUCCACUUGCUACCCUGCCAUUGUGUGGGAGCGGUGCUCUUUGGCGGGUCACACCCUCCAGGGUCUGCGUUGCCGGUGCCCACCGGAACCAGGCCUUUGGUCAUUAAGUACAUUCAUUUUUAGGGCCAAGUUUCCAUCUGGCCCAGUUCUGUGUCAUGAAACGUAAGGGGGAAAAAUUGGCCCACGCUUACAUAACUGUCAUCAGAAAUUUGUCAGACCACUGAGCCGUUUCUUGUUACUGGCGGUCACCGGCGGCCAACCGCAGGGCAGAUCCGGAUACCUCUGACGUCAAAAGGCAGUCGGAAACAGGCCUGCGCCCGUCCCUGACCUGACGAAGGAAAAGGCCUGACAAACAUUUCCUCUCAUGUGUAUUCCAGGAGGAUUAUUGAGAUGGAGUCUGUGACUUUUCUCCAGCUUCCACACAGACAAAUAGGGACAAAGGGUCAUUUCUUCCCAGGGAGUCUGUAAACACAGAGCCCGUCGAUAAGGUGGCAACACGUUUUACAGUCUGCACUCAGCUAUAAGACUGUGUGACUCUCGCGAAACACAGGAAGCUGGUACAUCAGUUGUACCCCAUUUAUACUUUUCCGUGGUGUCCUUUUUUUAAAAAUGUUCUCCGCAUAGCAAUUUGGGUAUGUUUUUAAUCUGUGACUGGUUAGCGAAAUUGCACGAAACUGCUCCCAUGCAGCGGGUGUGUCACCGAAAUAGACAGCGCUGGCAUUCGUGUUUUUGGUGCCCCGGGCAAGAAUCGGAUUAACACCCCUUAGGCUUCUGUCUCUGCAUUAAUGAACGUCCUUAUACAUACAUAUAUAUGAAAAAAAAUAUUUCACCUACACACACAUAAAGAUCAUGAAGGGCGAAAAAAUGAAUGAUAGAUAAAUUAUUUUUAUAGAAUUAUUUCUGAUAACACAUAAGUGAACAUUACGCAUGCACAGGACACUAAGUUAUAGAGUAAUGGCUGAAAAGGAAAUAUUUUAAAGACUGGUUGGUUAAGGGAACUAGUAGCGAUACGCUGUUUAGUGCAGGGAGCGACAGUUUGUUCCAUAGGAAACGUCUCCUACAAAGAUUCACAUUUCAAAGACAUGGGCAGCAAUACCUUAUACAGCGUUUCCAUCAUACUGUAUAAGGCAGCACAUCUUCAAUGUUCUAAUAAAACUUUAUUACUACCCAAGGGCACUAUUAAUUUUAAGUUAUUUUUUGAGUUUAGCAGCAAAAUUUGUUGCCCCCUGACUGCCUGCCUGCCUGGGUUUGCCUAAUUAUGUAGCCAUUAUGUUCUCAGGAGAUUAAGAAUCCGGACACUUAUAUUUACCUGUAAUGAACCACUGAGACCGUUUCUCUUACUGGAGACAGCAGCCCAACCAGUUAAACUGGUCAGUCCAUAGUAUUAUACUAUGAUAUGAAGAACAUACCUGUAGGUUUGUAGUCAUAGUCCCAAAAUUAACCAGUACCGAUUUGAACCAUUUCAGCACUCGGUGAGUAACUCGUGUUCAAGACCACGUGUUCAAAAUCGCCCGGUUUGUUACUUCUCUUAGUAGUUGGGACUAAUGAGCUCAACGCUAAUACUUGAUGGCUGGAAUCCAAGACGCCUGGCAUCGCUGAUUAAUGGUGCGUGGCGGUACACUCUUAAUUCAUAGAUCCGAGUGCAACAAGUGUAGGAGGCCCAGCAGGUGCUUUGUGGGGCCGGAGCGGUAAAACGAGGACGUCUGCGGUUCGUGCGUCAUUGCCACACGAGGUCCUCGCGGGCGAGAAAGAUCUGGCUGUCCCCCGUCAUCGUGACUGCACCGCUCUGUAUGUCGAACUUUGACAAGAUGCGCAACAUCAGAAGGAAAGAGAACGUAUGGAAAGUGCAGCUGGAGACGGUCUCUUUGGAGACACCGUCUGUCCCGUGGCUAGGAGACACGCGCACACCUAGAUGAAAAAUGCCGGCAGAGGUAAUGCUCUUUGAAAUCGGGUGGGGAAAAAAUGGCACCGUCAGUGAAAAUUGCUCCCUCGGUUAUCGAUCAUUUGAAAUAUGGCCAACGAGGACUUGCUUUGGAGAUAUUCAGAGUCCUCAGCUGCCGGGUUCUGGAUAAUGAGCUUUCUAUGAAGAGCGACGGCGGGGGGGAGGGGGGUAUAAGAAGCGAAACAUCAGCUGAUGUUCUUGCCUCCUAUUUUUAGACUAAUGUACUUGUGAGCAAGGAUGAGCCAGAUGAGGGUGACCGUUAUCACUCCGAAACGCAGGUUGUCAAGACGUCGGAUCCCGAAGGAUUCUCUGUUUAUUUGCGUAGGGGUCUCCGGGGAAAGAGCAAUCGCUAAAUAAUUGUGCGCUCAAACACGAAACCUGAAGGAAUUUGAGAAAUCGUAUCUGACAGCAGCCGUACCCUGUGGCUACAGCCAGAUAUUUUUUGGAAAACGACUCAUUUUGCUUGGCAUGCGAUGUGUGGGGAUCAGAAGUAGCUCAUCUUAGAUGGACCUGAAGCUCUGCUCCUGCUUGCUUUGAAAGUGCCUGUAGGCCACGUGUGUGAAUUGUUCUCCGUUAUCUAAGGAGGGGGGGAUAUGGCGCUGGAUGGAGCGUGUUUGAGAACACGGCUACUGCCUCGUCUUUUAACCCGCAUUUUUCCAGCCCAUGUUACAGCAGCUCUUACACCCAAAUUACCGUGCUUUUCAUCAGCAGCCGUGAGCAACGUGGGCCAUGCCCUUGCCAGCUUUGCGCCUGGCGUUGGAGGAAGUGUGAAUGUUCUCAGCUGAAAGCACAUUUCCUUGAAUGAAGCGCCUGUAUAAGAACGUCACACCGCUGGGGGCAGAUGGAGCGGAGACGCUUCUGUAAAUAAGCGAAAGCGUGUUCUCGAACCCCGGGUACGAAAGGCCUGAUUACAUUUAUUCAUUUAGCUGAUGCUUUCUCCAAAGUGGCUUACAGUGAUUUACCCCUUUAUACAGCUGGGUAGCUCUUACUCUGUUGUUCUAAUCACUCUGCCAGCUGCUGUCCCUAAGUGCCUGUUCUGAGUUCCUGUUUGCAAGAGAACUUCUGCCAGCGUGGAACAUCUCCUGUCCAUUCCAUGCUGGGUACAAAACAAUGGAAAAAAGCUUUUAUAGGCAAUGCUCCACGGUAAAGUCUGCAGAGCCCUGUUAGCUAAUUAUACCCCAUAUAUUUUCAUACGUCUACUGAGCAUAAUGCAUGAAGCAGACAGUUAGAUGGUUUUCACAGAAGUCGUGCGAAUGCGUCCCUGUAGUUCAUUCAUCGCAUCUAACAGGUUCUGCUGAUUCAUGCUCUGUGAAGACAGCGAUGGGUCACGUAUAGCAGCUGCAGGCUGAACCGGCUCGCUCGAAAUCCUUCGACGCAGAUAAGGUCCGGGCUGAACCGUGGGAGUAGAUAGAGCUUGGCUCUUUGAGGUGCUGCCACCGCGUGAAUUUUCCCCGACGUAUGAUCACCCUCCAGCCAGGAGACGCAUAAACAUGGGACCCAAAAAGGACCUGAAAUGAAAGGUUCACGUUGGGAAACCCACCGGCGUUUCUGAGGAAGAGCGGAUGGAAAGUGAUGUAACGGAUUGAUAUUAUAGGAAGGAUUUGGUUGUAGUCGCUGCAGCUAAAGGUGAUGAAACCAAUUUUCAAGAGUGAGGGGUUAUUAUUGGUGUUGGAUGAGUACAAAAAUGUAUUUGGUACUCAGGUGCCCUUUAUGUAACAUGAGAUUUUGGUUGAAGACUUUAAAACACUCAGUGACAAAAAUUUGCAGUAAUUGAGGGAAUCGGCCACUAGCGGAGAGCUACGGCUCUUUAUCCCAUCUGAGCAAUUAAGUGCUUCUUCAUUUAGCAAAUUAUUUCCCUGGUUAAACUGACUUGGCCUCCUCUUUUAGUUAGCAGGUGCUGUAGUGGUUCGAGUAGCUGCUUCUGGACUCAGAGAUUGUGGGUUCAAAUCCCACCUCCUGAUG